AUGGCAAGCACACAGAAGUGCCGAGGUUAUGAGCCCGAUCCAACCAUUCACACAGAUGAAUACGAUAAAGAGGGCAAACCUGAAGAAGCCCAAAAAGUCAUCAACACUGCCCAUAUCCUACAUUUCACCUUUCAUGAUGUGCCAGACGAAGGCGGUUUUCCGACUGUACUCAACUUGAUUGGGGGAAUCAUGCCGGCCCCAGACGGGUCCGACGUCCUGUAUGCCCACGGUUACGUCCCAGAGAAAGUCUUGCAGCGUUUUGGCGAGGCUCUAGGGAUUAGUCUAAAGGUAACAGUUACAGCCAGCAAAGUGUACAGCUAUUACUGUGGUUAUACACCUUUCAGUCACGGCAUUACUUUCCGGUCUGCUGUGAUCAAUGGACACGCAUCUCUGCUUCGUUAUGACCCUGGUACUACACAGUGUCAGGAGAGUAUUAGUGACGGAGAUAUCUCGAAGAAUGAGAAGCUGGAGGCACUGUCAGGAAUUGUUGACGGAAUUUUCGGUGGUGAUGGUAGAUGGAAGGAUACUCGGCGUCCUUUCAAGGAUGAAGAGCUCAAGCGCGUCCCUGUUCUGCGAGUUGACAUUGACAAAAAGGCAUCUCGCCUGCACGAGCGCUUAGGCGUCCUGGGCUACGAAGCUGAGUGGGAAAAGGGCACCGGGAAAGACUACUGGGAAGGUGCUAUCCCUAUCUGGGAGACCUAUGGAGAUGUUAUUAAAGGAAACACCACGCGCAACCCUCCGGAUUACUUAAAAGUUUUCGAGCGCAGAAAGAAACACAAUGAGGAUGUGGCAGUGAAGGAAGCAAAGAAGCCGUACCCUAGGCUAGCUCAAGGUUGA